AUGUGUAGAAACGGUCACACCCUCCCCGAGAAGACUCGGCAGGUCAUCCAGGAGGCUCUGCAGUACUGCGAAACGGCAGACCGCAACCUCAAGGUGGCGUUGAUAGAGGCCGAGCAGCGCGUAAAGCAGGCAAAGCAAGAGUUUCUGGAACUAGAACGGGAGGCGGCGAAGGUGUCCAACACCUUCGCGGCUACGAGGUUGUCUAGAAUUAUGCAUCUCACAAAUCUCAUUGUUGAUAAACGCCGAGUAAACAUGUCGGAACUUAAACCUACGGAAAUGGAAGCUAUAUAUGCGUGUUUCUUGCCUUAUGUUAAGCAGAUGAAAGUCAUCGAAAUGCGAGAACAAGAGUUCGACCUAGUAAAACAAAAAAUUGAAGCCAAUGCGGAAACUUACAUGCUAUAUAAAAAUGAUCUGGAAACCAAGGGCAAGUCGUAA